CGGUGUUCUUUCGCUUCACAAGGAACCGAAUUCGCCUCCCACACAGAUCAGUCGCUUAACCCGUCCGACGAUUGACGACGUUCAAAUGCACUCUCAGCACAUAACAACAUCCUGUCCCUCCUCUCCCCUACACGCCGUGCCUCGGUGACGGUCCUCAUUAUCGAUCUUCCGAUUUCGUUGUCCUUUGCAUCGGCGUCGAUCGGGUUGUUCUGAACGAUAUCCUGUACAAUAUACCUGGGUUGUGCUUGUUUUUAUUUUGACUUUUCUCCAAUUUUCAUUUUAUUUAUUUUUUUUAACUUUUUUUUUACAUUUGCUUGCCUCCUUGAGCAGCUUGGUUACUUGGGACUCUUAAAAGUUGUCGAUUUUGAUUACUCGUCUUUACUACUACCAGCAUCACGAGCCCGUUUUUCAUGCUCAACUUCCGAUAAUGUAUCAUUAUUCCACUCCACCUCCCGGGUGGUCGUCCCAUUAUAUGACUUCGCCUCCUACAUCUCCUCAUUACGCCUACUACGCUACUCAGGUCGCCAAUCCCUACGGCUCCCCUCGGCCAUCAUCCAAGCGCCAUAGUCGCAAAGCCAGUUAUGCCGGCACCAAGGAAGCCGCAGGAUGGCAAUAUGCCGGAUACGGUACGCCUUUCUACGAUGCGAUGCCUGAAUUUAGCACGCCACCGCGCAAGCACGAUAAUGUAAGUGCUUUUUUUGGUGGCUCUUCGUCCUAUCACCGUCGCCGUAGCACCAUGGGCAAUGCCCCGGCGGACCCUUGGGAUAACGCUAGUCCACGCCCGUCGCACUCGACCCGGAAACGACCCAUCUUUGUAGAUGUGGUCGACGAUGGAUUCGAUGACGCGCCACGAUUUGCUUUCCGCGAGGAAGCUAGCCAACCCCGUCGAUUCUCGUCUGCAACUCCACGCAAGCCAAAGCCACCCACUGAUCAAUAUUGUUAUUCUAACCAGGUUCCCGUGCAUGAUGAUGAUUCACCGAAGCGGUCCCGCGCGCGUCGCCAGUCCACCUCCACGAGGACGCCAUCGAAGCCCAAGCCCACGACAUCAUCUAAGCCAGCUCCGAAGGCUACGGAAGAGGAUGCGGCUAAAGCUGGCAUCCCCGCGGGUUAUUCGAUCAAGAACUGGGAUCCCACUGAAACCCCUAUCAUUCUUUUGGGAAGUGUCUUCGAUGCGAACUCCCUCGGCAAGUGGAUCUACGACUGGACGGUCUUCCACCACGGUGCUUCGACUCCGAUGGCCGAUGUUGCGGGCGAGUUGUGGCUGUUGUUGAUCAAGUUGGCGGGUAAGAUCAAGAGGGCCGAUGAGUGUGUGGAUCGGAUCAAGCAGCCUGAGCACCAAGAAGUGGUGGAGGACUUCUUGGAAAGUGGAGAGCGCCUGUGGGCGCGGUUUAAGAAAUUGCUAAAAACCUGCGAACAGUUCAUGUGGAAAGCGGCCAAGCGAGAAGGUAGUAAGAACGUGUCUAUGGGCCGCAACGCAGGCUGUGAAUUUGUCGAGACGAUAUUUGGUCGCGACCGCGAAUUAGAGAGCACGGAGAAGUUGAUGAACAGCGUUCGUCUAUGGAACAUGCGGUUUGACGCCAACUGCGAGGACAUUCUUCGACGACCGUCGGCAUAGUCGUCGCAAUCCUUCGCGAUAUUUUACUGGGCAUCGACCCAAACAAAAAAAAAGUUAACUUGAUUGAUCCGGUUUUUUUGUUUUUUUUUCCAUCUUUAAGAGUCGGGAUGAAUAAUCGGAAUUGCAGG